AUGGUUCUCGAUCUCAUUUGCUCUUUGUCAAGAGAAGAAAGUUUUGCUACCAGAUUAACUGAUGACUGCAACCAAAUCACAACUUAUUUGGAAAGCAAGGUUCGCAGGCUCUCCAUCCAUAAUACUACUCGGCCUACAAUGAACAUGUCAAAAUUGAGGUCACUUACUAUCAACAAUCCUGCUAUAAUUAAUUCAAUGCCACCCAUGUCAUGCUUUUACCUUCUGCGUGUAUUGGAUCUUGAAGACUGCAAUCUUAAAGACCAUCCAAGUCUAGAUUUUGUCGGGAAAUUAUUUCACCUGAGGUAUCUAAGUCUAUUGAAUACUGGAUAUGCUGGCGACCUCCCAAGAGAGAUAGGGAAGCUACAGUUUUUGCAGACAUUGUGCUUCCAUGAAACUGACAUAAAAGAAGUGCCACUGAGUAUCUUCGGGCUGAGACAAUUAAUGUUCCUUCUUGCUGGGGACACUACAAGGCUGCCAACAAGUGGGUUGAGAAAUCUAUCGUCUCUCGAGCUGCUUGUGAUGAACAUGGAUUCUGCAAACAUUGCAGAAGAGCUAGGCCAUCUGACGCAACUAAGGGUGCUAUGGGUUAUGCUCAGAAAGGACAAGGAAGGCAGAUGGGAUGAAAGCAUGUGCAGAGUUCUGUUGGGGUCCCUUGGCAAACUACACAGAAUCCAAACUCUAGGAGUACGAAUCUCAGAUGACGUGGAAGUUGAUGUUGAAGGCUCAAUCGACUCCCUGUGGAACCUAUCUCGGCUUGUUAUUUAUGGAACCAGUCGGUUGCCGAAAUGGAUCGAUCCCACAUCAUUUCUCCCCCUAUACUACCUGGACAUAAAGGUGGGUCAAGUUAGAAGUGAGGACAUCCAAGUCCUCGGCAUGCUGCGGGCUCUUCGUGUUCUGGAAGUGAAAGUGGCUGGCGCAAAACAAGUGUUUGAAAGGUUCAUGAUUAGGGCAGACGCUUUCUCAUGUUUGACACGGUGCAAAUUCUCUGGGUUUUCAACAGUGCCAUCUAUGUUCCCAACUGGAGCUAUGCCCAAGCUUCAACGUUUUAAAUUCUAUAUCCGACCAGAGAAUUUCGGCGACAGUGGAUUGACUGUUGACGACCUGGCCUUAAGCCACCUUCUGUCCCUUCAGACUGUUCGGGUUCGCCUUGAUGGAGAGGAUACAGUCAGUGAAGAGCUAGCAAUGAAAGUAAAAGAGGCGCUGAGGAACGAGGCUCGUGCCCACCCCAACCAUCCUGAUAUUGAUAUCAGAAUUGACGGCCAAUGGAUCCAGCUGUGCAUGUACGUAUUCCUAUUCCUUCCUCUGCAUGAUUUAGAUGGUUCUAUAACUUUUCUAAGUGAACGCUUACUGUAG